AUGGAUCUCUUGGCAACUGAAUACCUGUCAAGUGAAGAGGAAACGACUAAUCCAGCUUCCUCUAAGCGCUCCACUUUUUCAAGCAAUACAUCGCAGGUUGCAAAACGUCCAAAAAUUGAUCUUGCCCCUCAUGUUAGUUUGGAGGAUCCAAAACUAUCAACUUCUAUUUAUACCAAACCAACCGACACUCAAAUAACUGUCAAUAUCCCUUACGAAGAUUUAGUUCAGCCUGUCGUUGGUCCCAAGAAUCCAUUCAGUACUCGUGUUAUUAACCAGAAUGUUCUCACUGGCCAUGUUGAAGAACAAGCUUAUUCUGAAUUUGCUUUCAGAACCCAACAACGUACUUUUGCCUCCUUCGGUUAUGCUGCGGAUCCUUCUAAUACUAGCUCUAAUGGUGUUGUAAGUUCUGGUUUUGUUGGUGAUGUUGAAAAAGCCUUGGCUAUGAAUGGUGCUACAAUAUAUGAUGCAACUCCUAAAUUGGAGAAUGUGCCUAAAAGGAAAUCCAAGGGUGAUUCUGCAAUAUUAGAGGGUGAAGAUGCUUAUCAAGGUCCUUGGGCUGGCUACGAAGGCGAAAACAUUGGCACUGCUGUUGGACCUCCAGAGGGUGCAAUUCCUAAAAAGGCUGAUGCUGAUGUUAGUUCUAAAAAACAAAUCGAAGUUGGACAGGAAAAGACAUUAUUUCAUGGAAAAUCUGAAUUCGAUUAUCAAGGUAGAACUUAUAUGCAUGUGCCACAGGACUUAGAUGUAAAUCUAUUAGGAGAACCUGGAUCUCAAGAAUGUUUUAUUCCAAAACGUUGUAUUCACACAUGGUCUGGUCAUACUAAGGGUGUGUCAGCGAUCAGAUUUUUCCCCAAAUCUGCUCAUUUAAUAUUAUCAGCUAGUAUGGAUACAAAAGUAAAGAUUUGGGAUGUCUAUCAUGAUCGUAGAUGUUUGAGAACCUAUAUGGGUCAUAAUAAAGCUGUGCGUGAUAUUACAUUUAGUAACGAUGGAAAACGAUUCUUGACUGCUAGUUACGAUAAAUAUAUCAAAUUAUGGGAUACUGAAACCGGGCAAUGCAUUAAAUCAUUCACAACAGGAAAGAUCCCAUACGUUAUAAAAUUUAAUCCUGACGAGGAUAAACAGAAUAUAUUUUUGGCUGGAUGUUCAGAUAAAAAAAUCGUACAGUUUGAUAUUAAUACUGGUGAAGUAACGCAAGAAUACGAUCAACAUUUAGGUGCUGUAAACACUAUCACAUUUGUAGACGAAAAUAGGCGAUUCGUUACAACCUCAGAUGACAAGACGUUAAGAGCUUGGGAGUUUGAUAUUCCGGUUGUAAUCAAAUAUAUUGCUGAGCCACAUAUGCACAGUAUGCCCGCUGUAACAUUACACCCAAAUAAAAAGUGGCUAGCUUGUCAGUCAUUGGAUAAUCAGAUUGUUGUAUAUGGAGCGAAAGAUAGGUUCCGCAUGCAUCGCAAGAAACGAUUUACUGGACAUUUAGUUGCUGGAUAUGCUUGUCAGGUCAAUUUUUCACCAGACGGAAGAUUUAUCAUGUCUGGUGAUUCUGAAGGUAACAUUUGGUAUUGGGAUUGGAAAUCUUGUAAAGUGCUCAAGAAGUACAAAGCACAUGAUAAUGUUGUUAUUGGAUGUGAAUGGCACCCUCAUGAAACUUCCAAGGUUGCAACUUGUAGUUGGGACGGGUUGAUAAAAUUAUGG